UUUCUUUCUUCUUCAACUCAACCUGAACAAUCUUGGAAGAUAUUACUAAUGAGCUUUUUAACAGGAUUCAAGAAAAAUCUCAAUAGAGCUGGUCAAUCGAUCAUGCAAAAAACAGGCAUAUCAGACAAGACUAUCGAUGAUGAAUUUGCUGAAGAAUACGAACGAUUCAAAGUAUUGGAACAACGUAUGGAGAAAUUAUCAAAAGAAGCAAAAGGGUAUCAAAAUUCCAUGAGAGCUGUGUCAUCAUCUCAAGUACAAAUCGUUGAGUCUAUGGAUCAAUUCUAUGAUGAUUUGCCAUCCACCUCUUGCUUUCAAUCUUACAAGAAAGCCAUUCAACAAAUCGAUACAAAAAUGAAAUCUGAUAUGGAUGAUGCUUAUACCGCCACGGUAGUGGAACCUUGGGCAAGAUAUUGUGCUUAUUUUCCUGACAUCAAUGAAGCUAUCAAACGACGACAAAAGAAACUCUUGGAUUAUGAUAAUCAUCGCAUCAAAGUGAGAAAACUGAUAGAACGACCUAGUGAUGAUCCUCAACGCUUACCAACGGCAGAAAAGGAAGCUAACUUGGCUAGGGAAAUGUAUGAAAACAUCAAUUCUAUUCUGAUCAGUGAUUUACCCAAAAUUGUUGAACUUCGUGUCCCCUAUGUGGAUCCCUCUUUUGAAGCCAUGGUCAAAUCUCAAUUAUUGGUUGGUCAACUCGCCUAUGAUCAAUUGGAAUCCCUUCGUCCUUCUUUUCCUGGUGAAAAUGAGAAUGAUGAUCGACUACAUGAUAUUUUACAACAAAUGCGUGAUCUUUCUAUUUGUGGCAACGUAUGAUUCCUCUCUCUCUAUCGCAUCCUUUAUUAUUUAUUAUUAUGGUUGUUAUUAUUAUUAGUAUUUUUUUUUCUUUUUGAUCAUUUUUAUUAACAUUAUUCUCAAAGAUACAUAUGCAUACCAAUGAUAAUAAUAAAAAAACGGC